AUGCCCAGGAAACUCAAUUACCUCAAGGUGUUUUGCUUUAUUGCCUAUCAUCUUUACUGCAGGCUUUUUGGGGACACCUACCCUUUGGUGUCCCUCUCCUGCUUCCAGAGCCCACAGCGAAUCCCAUAUGAUGAAGCUGUCAGACAAGAAUUCAGACCUGUGAAAGUUGGGGACUCCUUUGGACCUACGUGGUGGACCUGCUGGUUUAAAGUGGAGCUUAGCAUCCCCAGGGAAUGGACGGGAAAGGAAGUGCACCUCCUGUGGGAGAGCGACGGGGAGGGGAUGGUGUGGCGGGACACACAGCCAGUCCAGGGUUUGACGAAAGAAGGGGAGAAGACCAGCUAUAUCCUGACAGAAGCCCUCAAAGAGACAGACCCUCACAGUCUUACUGUCUACGUGGAAGUUGCCUGCAAUGGUCUCUUCGGGGCAGGAAAAGGCAGCCUCGUUGCACCUCCUGACCCUGAGAAGAAGUUCACCCUGAACCAGGCGGAACUUGUGGUCUUCCACAGGGAUGUCUAUGAGCUGCUGGUGGAUUUUGAGAUACUAGUGGACAUGGCCAAGUUCCUUGGGGAGGAAAACCAGCGGAGCUUCCAGGCGCUGUACGUGGCCAAUCAGAUGGUUAAUCUGCUUGACGUCACGGACCCCGCUACCUUCCCUGCAGCGCGGCAGCUCGCUUCCUCCAUCUUCAGCCAGAAGAACGGAGACAGCCAGCACACGAUCCACGCGAUGGGGCACUGCCACAUCGAUUCUGCCUGGCUGUGGCCAUACGAGGAGUCUGUCCGCAAGUGCGCUCGCAGCUGGGUGACUGUCAUACGCCUGAUGGAGAAGAACCCGGAGUUCACGUUUGUCUGCUCACAGGCCCAGCAGUUUGAGUGGGUGAGGAACCGGUAUCCUGGCCUGUAUGCUCAGAUUCAGGACUUUGCCAAAGAAGGGCGGUUCAUACCUGUCGGCGGCACCUGGGUAGAAAUGGACGGGAAUCUUCCCAGUGGCGAAUCCAUGGUGCGUCAGUUCCUGCUGGGACAGCGGUUUUUCCAGCAGCAGUUUGGGAGGCUCUGCUCAGAGUUCUGGCUGCCCGACACGUUUGGCUACUCGGCCCAGCUGCCCCAGCUGAUGCGUGGCUGUGGGAUACGACGGUUCCUCACUCAGAAACUCAGCUGGAGCCUGGUGAACACCUUCCCGCACAGCACCUUUUUCUGGGAAGGCAUCGACGGCUCCCAAGUUCUGACCCAUUUCCCGCCAGGCAAUUCCUAUGGGCUACAAGGUCAAGUGGAGGAGAUGCUGAAAACCAUGAACAACAACAGAGACAAGGGCCAGGUGAACCACAGCACCGCGCUCUUUGGGUUUGGAGACGGAGGCGGCGGCCCCACCCAGAAGAUGCUGGACAGGCUGACAAGAAUGAGAGACGUAGAUGGGUUACCCAGGGUUCAGAUGUCCACACCGGAUCAGUUUUUCUCUGUGCUGGAGAAGGAAGAGCCCCAGCUGUGCACCUGGAUAGGAGAAUUGUUCCUGGAGCUGCACAACGGCACUUAUACGACCCAGGCCCAGAUAAAGAAAGAGAAUCGGGAGUGCGAGCGGAUACUCCAUGAUGUUGAAGUACUGAGUAGUUUUGCUCUGACCCAGAACAGUACCUUCCCAUAUCCUUCCAGCAAACUGGAGCAUCUCUGGAGGCUGCUGCUCCUGAAUCAGUUUCAUGACGUGCUGCCGGGCAGCUGCAUCCAGCUAGUUGUGGAGGAUGCCCUGAGGUAUUACGCAGAAAUCCUUUUGCCGACUGGUCCAGAGACAGCAGAAAGCCUCCUUGUUCUAAACACUUUGCCCUGGGAACGGACUGAAGUCAUCUCCAGGACCGGAGAAGAGACCUUAGCCCUGGUGAAGGUGCCUAGCAUGGGCUACUCUGCCGUGAAGGAUUCCUUAACACCGCCUCAUCCCGUGACAGUGGUGAAGCAGGCGGAUGGCUCUGUUACCAUGGAGAACGGGGUGAUCGCAGCUCACCUGGACUCCAUGGGACGCGUGAUAUCGCUUCGCUUGGUGCACUCGGGGAGAGAGUCGGUCCAGGAUGGCCACUGUGCUAACCAGUUUGUGAUAUUUGAUGACAUUCCCUUGUACUGGGAUGCUUGGGAUGCGAUGGAUUAUCACCUGGAAACCAGGAAGCCAAUCACAUCUCUUCUGAAGCCCCUGGAAAUCGUCCUAGCUGGGGGCCUGCGUGGAAGCGUGAAAUUCUCUCUGCAGAUCAGUGAGCGGAGUGUCAUCACCCAGGAGGUGAUCCUGGAUGCCAUGUGUCCUUAUCUUCGGUUCCUGACCCAGGUGGACUGGAAUGAGGCUCACCGAUUCCUGAAGGUGGAGUUCCCCUUGCGGGUUCGGAGCAUGAAUGCAACGUAUGAGAUUCAGUUUGGGCACCUGCAGAGGCCGACGCACUGGAACACGUCCUGGGACUGGGCUCGAUUCGAGGUGUGGAGUCACAAGUGGAUGGACCUCGGGAUCAGCUGCCUGCCCAUUCUGCCAGCGCCGCGGGCGUUCGCUCUCAUGGCAGGACUCCCCGCAGCACUGCCACGGAGCCUGCGGGGCAGGGCGCAGGAGACCCUGCUGCGAGACGGGGUGGCAGGGCGGCUUGACGCUAGCCAGGGCUGUGCACGUGGACUCGCGCUUUCAGGGAGCGGGGCUGGGUUUAGUCACGGCCAGGGGAAGAGGCUCCACUCCAUUAAUCCGCCCCUCUCCUCCAGGCUGAGAGCCCCAAAGUCACCUGAUGCCACUGCAGAUAUUGGGCACCAUCAGUUCACCUACGCCGUGAUGCCCCACAGGGGCUCCUUCCAGGAGGCGGGUGUAAUCCAUUGUGCCUACAGUUUGAACUACCCUCUGCACACUAUUCCUGUUGUCUCGGUGCCAUGUCCAGCCUGGAGCGCCUUCUCCGUGGACUCCCCAGCUGUGGUGCUAGAAACCGUCAAACAGGCUGAGGACAGGCUGGACAGCCUGGUGUUGAGGCUGUAUGAGUCAUAUGGCAGCACAGUGGUCACAUGGCUCCGGACUGCCCUUCCCAUCAAGGAAGCAAUCGACUGUGACCUCCUGGAACGGCCGGACCCCAGCAGCCAUCUGCCACUGGGGGAGCAUGGCCUAACACUCUCCUUUACGCCGUUCCAAGUGCGCUCUCUCCUCCUGAUCUUGAGGCAGUAAGAGGGCGACUGCUGCUGGCAGCCCGGCCCUUAUCCCAAAACCGGGCAGAGCUCCCCAUGCUCUGGGCGGUUCGCUAGCUGCUCAAACCACGGGCGCUUCGGCACCAUGACGACACAGCCGAGGUGGUGAAGAAUGCACCGUCGGUCUCUGUGUGCUCCAAGCAGACAGGACUGGGCAGAGAUGGGCUGCGGUGGAGGGCGUGUCUGCGCUGAUUCUGAGUGUAAAUGCCUGACUGGUGGGGCACUAACUUGGGGGCGAGGACCACAGUGAGCAUCCUGAAUAGAGUCCUUCCCCUUUCAGGCGAGUGGUGCAGGGGUUUGAUCCUGGAUAUGAUCAGAAUCGGUUUCUUUUACUCCAUGUCCUACAGCGCUACAGGCCUGUGCUUCCUAACGAGUUUUCUUUCAAUCGCUAACACUGGCAACUUCACUUUUUCUCCAGAGAUGCAGCUGCUUUCUGUAAAACCCAAAGAAAAGCCUGGAUCAGUUGCAGAGUAAAGCUCUGACUGACUCUUGCCUGUGGCCCUUCACUCAGCCCAGCACAAGGCAGGUCAUAAAAUCCCUAGUGUAGGAGCUGCAAAGGGACCCAGGCUCCUCAGACCUAUUUUUAGGCUCCAAGCUCCUGUUUAGCUGCUGUCUAACCCUGCAGGUAGCCUAGGUUUUGCAGAAGUUCCCUUGUUGCCUGGGUCUCUGCCUGUUCACAGGCGCAUUGUUGCCUCACUCAGGGUAUCCAGCGCCUGCCUCCCACCCCACAGGGAGGGAGCAAGAAGUCCUGGGUGUGGCCCACUGGCAUGGGGAGAGGCAGCCUAGCUGCACGGGACAACCCAAAAGUCCCUGCCUGUCAGCUGGAGUCCAGAGCAGCGAUGGGGAACCUGCGGCCCAGCGGCGUUCUACAUGUGGCCCACCAGACACUUUGUUCACUGUUGCCCAUGGGCAGGGCUGUCCAAUUCUGCUGGUUUCUGUCGGGUUUUUCCUGACUGUGUGACCAGGCAGGUAGGGCAAGCAAAGGCCCCCACGCUGAGAGCCUGGCGCUCCCUGUCCCAGCGCUGCCCUAGUUCAGUCGGCCCCCCAGUGCCCACUUAGCACAAUACCCCAUCCCGGGAAUGCGUCUUGAUUAAGACGCCUGGCGGCCCCCUGCGCCAAAGGAUGUUGCAUAAAAAGCUUGAGCCUGAGCUUACUUGAUUUUACACAAAUACACUAAACUGUAAGGUCUGAGGUUUUAAACUGCAACUCAUUGUAA